AUGACAGCCUUCUGCAUGAUGAAACUUUUAUGUCAAGCAACCAGAAAUGAGAACAAGUAUACCAAAAGAUUCUUCGGUACUCUUCUGACCCAGGUACCACAAAAGGUGGUCGUUUCUCCAUUCUGGAUGGUGGUUCCUGACCCUAGAAAGUCAACUGUGUUUGGACUUACUCAGCCAUUUUGUACAUCUGAAACAUCUCAGCCAGAACCACAAAGGAAGGCAGCAUUUGGAAGCGUUGGGCGUAGGAUUCCUUAUCGGAUUUUGCACGUAAUCAACCAGGAUGGGGAGAGCUUAGGAAAUAUGCAUCGGGCAGAGGCACUCAGACUAAUGGAUCAACAUGACCUGAAACUAGUUCUCCUCCGUGAGAAUGCAGAACCUCCCGUGUACAGACUGAUGACUGGGAAGCAGAUUCAUGAAGAGCAGCUGAGACGUGCAGAGAAGAAAAAAGCGAGUCCCAAACCAGGAAUGGUCCAGAAGGAGUUAUCCUUUUCUUCAGCUAUUGCCAAGAAUGACUUAGAAACCAAGACUAAACAGAUAGCACAGUGGAUUGAAAAGAAAUACCAUGUUAAAAUCACCAUCCGGCAAGCAAAAGAUAGCAAUACAGACAUGUUCACGCUUUUUGACCAGAUUUUGGAGACCAUGUCUGAGAAAGCCACUUAUCUUUCCAAGCCAAAAGUUACUAGGGAAGGAGUGAGCAGCUGUAUUUUGAGACACAUGUCUGACAAAGAGCUGAAAGCAUACCAGAAGAUGGAAAAACAGAAAAACAAUACAGUAAAGGAAGAUGAAAAUGAAGAUCUGAAGUCAAAUGAACUGCAUUAGUGACUUCAUGAAAAGGCAUGAACACUAUUAGUUUAUUUAAAA